AUGGACACGCAAGAAGAUAUUGUACCAACCGAAUCCCUGUUUCGCCCAGCAAAGAAGCGCAAGUUCAUGCGACGCCGUCCUGAUCAGGAAACCCCAGACACCGAAGAGGCCGAUAAUCAAAAUGACAAUCCUAGCGCGUCACAACCUCCGGGGAGCAAUAAUAUUCGACGUCCACGCGCAGUUCGAAAGGGCGGCAUUGGGUUUUCUACCGCGUCACGACUAGGAGAUGAUCAGGGCCAGCAACUAGCGCUAGUACCAGCGGCUGGACAAACUGAGGACGAGAAGAUACGAGCAAUGAAUGAACGUUUCACAGGAUAUACAGGGCAGACAGUGGAUGUUGACAAGCACAUGAUGGCAUUCAUAGAUUCCGAGAUGGCUAAGCGCUACCAGCCUGAAUCAAAAGCGGACCAUUCAGGUUCCAACCAACCAACUCAAGAGGAAGUCGCCGGGGGGCUGUCGCUACCUGGACACCAGACACGCGAACCUGCAUCGCUAGGCAAACUCCAUGAAAUCGACCUCGGCCAUGAAGCCACAUUGCGAAACAUUGCGCGGACAGAAGCUGCGACUCGACAAAUGGAGAAGGGAGAGCUGCCGACAUCGGUGGAUAAUCAUGCUUCAGAGACGAGUCGCCCUGGCCCAGAGGGCAAGCCCUGGCGCAAUCGCAAACAGAGGACAGAUGCAGACAUUGCAAGAGACCGUCUUGUGGAGGAGGUACUACGUGAGAGCAAAUUGGAAAUUUAUGAUGAACACGAGGAGGAAACACAGCUUGAUGACCAACAGGCUGCUGAUGACCGAGUUGCUGAGCAAUUCAGGCGUGACUUUAUGGAUGCGAUGCAAUCUAGGCGUCGAACUCGGCCCGCAGCAAAACCGGUGGCCAAUGUUGAAGCGCCUCGGGGUCCGAAACUUGGAGGCAGUCGCAGUGCAAGAGCUGCAAUGCGGGAAAAAGAAGCACAGGCGGGAAAGAAAUGA